GACUUUAAAUCUCGAGCCAUGGUUGAGUCUAUGUGUAAUGGUGAGUUCAUUGAUAAAACUGUGGAUGAUGCAUGGUCAUUUCUAGCUGAAGUUGCAGAGAAAACCCAUCAAUGGGAAUCCAUUAGAGAAACUAGGACAAUGUCACAUGAUAUGGGUGAUCUCCAUGAGUCAGAUGUCGAUUUUGGCUCUGAUACAAAUAUAGAAUUCUUAAUUAGGAGAGUUGAAGCUCUAGAAAGGUGCACAAAUGAAAAUUUGAUGCACCCAAGUUAUGUAGCCAGACUGAAUUCUCUUUUUGUAUCUUAUGUGAUAGCUUAGGCCAUUUGAUUGAGAACUGCUCUGAAUUGCAUGCCGUUAAGCAGUCUAAAUUGCAUUGUGCCAAUACUUCCCAUCAAAUGCAUGAGAAUAACCUAUACUCAUCAACUUGUGAACCAGGAAGGAGAAACAAUCUGAAUAUUUCAUGUAUUGAUGACUCUACGCAAGGUUUACAACCUGCGGUGAGUCAAGUUGUCACUGUACCAAAUGAAAAUGAAAGAAGUGAUAAGCAUGUGGACUAUAAAUGUGAAAUGUUUGUUUUUCCCGAUGAGCUUAAUUCUGAAUAUAGUGUUUCAUACCCUAUUGCUGAAAAUGUCAAUCCAUAUUCACCUAUUUUAGAGGCAGCUGUAUGGACGGAAAACACUAAUGGUUUUGACAAAGUAGGAUUUUCAUGUAUUUGUGAUGACGAUGAUGAUACAAUGUUAGAGGAGGUCGUUAAUUCUCAAAAUGAAAUUUCCGAGUCUUGUAUUUCUGAAAUGCUAGACCAUAAUGUAGAAACCUACGUUGAUAAUGUUUCUUCUAAUGUUGAUAUUCAUCGCAAUGGUGCUGAUUUGGGUCUUGUGCAACUGUUUUGUGAACGAGAGAAUGGUAGGCAACUUGUGUCUGACUUAGAGAAGGCUAAAUUUGCUGUUGACAAUGAUGUUCUUAUGCAUAAAAAUAAAUUUAACAUGUCUGAUGCCAUGCCUAGGUCACAACAUGAUGCUUCUUAUGAUUUGUCUAUGCAUGAGAAUAAAUCUUUUGAUGAUUAUUCUGAAUCAGGGCUUGUUAAUUUGUUCAAUGACUGUGAGCAUGAUAGGGCAUUAAUCGCUUCUGACUGGGGAGGAACUAGACUGCGUGGUGAUAUUUUUGAGCCUAAAAAUGAAUAUAACUUGGGCACAUCUAUUUUCCUGCUUAAAGUCGCAAAUUGAUGGUCUUGCUUCUGACUUGGAAAUUGUUUAUUUAGAGUAUGCCGAAUCAAAGUUGUUGAAAAUUCCAAACCUAGAGCUAGAGUUAUGUGCAUCUCAAAUUCUUUUGGACUUUUUGUCCACCAAAUAUCCUGUUAUUGAGAUACCACAUCUGGAAUCCCCACCCGUUUCUCUGCCAUCCACUGACAAAGUCCAUUUCGAAUUAGACCUUGUGCAUGAUGAACCCCUGAAAUUGUCAGAUUUUGUGCCCAAAAGCGUAUCCUUUGAAAAUUUCAGGUUUGGGGGUAGCUCAUUUGUAUCCGUAGUCUUACUUACCUUGUCAUGUUAUAUAUGCUUGAGGCUGUCGAUAUUUCUGCAUGUCUUCUUUUGGGUUGAUCCUCAACUCUUUAGAUUGUUGAUCUAUGGUGAAUCUUUCUUGCAUUUUGUUCCGAAUCAGUUUGAGUCUCUGUACUUUGUACCCUUUUUUUGUUACUACUGUGGUACAUAUGUUUAUGCUAAUCUAAUGCCACACUCAGCUGAUCUCUGAUUGGAUUAUAACCGCUAAUAAAAGAGUUCUCACUUGGAACUGUCAUUGAAAUCUGGUAAUCUCUUUCCUUUUCUCCAACUCAGCAUGUUACUCAUGGUAUGUCACUAUGUUGUUAUAAUUCUGUUUAUUAGGAACAUCGAGGACAAUGUUUAGUUUAGGUUUGGGGUUGAAAAGUAGAUACCAUCGACUGUCACUGUGCUAUAUUUUUAAACUGAACUCUGCAAUAUAAAAAUGGAAAAAUGAAAAAAUGAGCUCAUUUUCCUUGAAUUAUGAUACCUGUGCAUGCAUGAUAUGUUAGGGUUCUUAGUCUAGAUGAUGAGGCACCCCUGAUUCUAGUACAAUUCACAUGUGAUAUAGAAAAUUUGCACAUGCACGAUCAACCAAGCGUGUAUAGCGUCGGUGUUUCAUAGGUUAAGUAGGCUGCCAAUCAUCUAGAAUACUGAAUGAGACUUGAUUAGCUUGUUCUUUGGUUGGCUGGGAUAGAAGUUGGAGGAUACAUUAAGGAAAGCAACCAUUGAAUUUGACCGGGUGCAUCGAAAAGGGGUGCCUCUUGCUAAAAGUGUCAUGUAAUGUAUUUUUGAGAUUUUGUGUAAAGUUGUUGCGUCAUCUUGUGUUCGUAUCUCUUGUAUUUGCAAAGUCAGAUGAAAAAUUCAAUAGUAAAAAAAAAAAAAAAUCAGAAAAAGAAAAGAAAAGAAAAAGUACUCAUUGUUUGCUAUUAUGCUCUACUUCAGUAAAAAUUAUAAAGUGUCUCUCUUUCCUCAAAAUGAGAGUAGUCGAUGUAAAUACUGCAGUCAAUGUUCUUUGUUGUUAUGUGUUGUAAAUGGUCUUGUAAUAUGCAAGGAGGGUGUAGCCAUCGAUGUACAAUGCGGGUAAACUGAAAUAUCACCAACUCUUAAGUGAACAUUCACAAUUCUUGUAAAGCCGGACAGCUAGCUUGGCUUUGAAUUCAGUUCUUAGCCUAAAAACUAUCUCUUAGUAAUUGGCAGUCACAACUUCCUAGAGUAAAUCAUUCUCUAUGCAUGUCUAAGGCAGAUACACUUUACAUUCUUAUCCCAUGUCCUUAGUUGUUUCAAUGCUAGAAUUGUGCCGUGGAAAGCUAGAUUGACAUAUCCAAUUGAUGUGAGCUAAAACUGAAUGCAGGUAUCACUUUCAUGGAAUCUGAGCUUAUAUUUUGUCCUAGAACUUUUCUUAGCUUUUGUUUUACUCAUGGACGAGCAAAAUUCAGGUGGUUGAGCAAAUGAUGAAAUAGAGAUCAGCGGGACGGUGAAUGGAGCGUAAAAAAAUUAAUUUGGAGGCAUUUGUUGGCUCAAGGAAUUGAUAAAAUGAUGAGUUACAAGGGUGUUGCCCCCUGUCGGUUCAAUUAGAGAUUGUUUUUGCAAAGUCGUACGGUUAAAUGAUAAAUGAGGCAGUGGAGCAUUCUUGGCAGUCACAUGAAAAGAAGAAAUGGAAAUGCUAGUUCAUAUAAAUCUCCACGGUCCGAGAUAUAAAAUCCAGAGUCCAUAAAGGUAACCAAGACCCACUCAACUUUGGAUUCACACGUGUAAUGUACCAUACCAUUUCCUCUAGAAACCUAACUUCAGUGCUUUACCAAAUCAUGCCGACAUCACCGGAUCAUUCACUUCCCAAUUUCUUCCUCUCCCUGUUAAACCCAUACCUCCACCAUCACCAUCGAGAAAGCUACUCUUCCCCACUUAUCUCAGACUCUGUCUAGUAGCCUUUUUCUCAUCUCUAAAAUCUAAACCAAAACCCAUUCUCAUUUUAUGGUCAGAACCAUCAACUUCCUCUUGUCGUUGUAACCUAGCGAUAGGUAGGGUGGCUUGAUUGAUUGAGCAAGAAGGAAAAUGAUAUGAUGAAUUAUGUCCGCUGACGUUAUACUGGCAACUACAUCGAGUCAUCAACCGACAAUAGGGUGGCUAUAAUGAAGACUAUGCAUUAGUGGUGAGUUCCAAAAACAUCAAAUCCCUAAUUUUCUAAUUGUAAUUCAUUAAAAAUGGGAUUGAGAAUUUGGGAGAGUUUUGUAUAAAUAGGGGAGGCAGAUGUAGAUCAAAAACAAGCCCGGAUUAGCCGGUGCAACAAGCUGUAGUAUAUGUAAUUUAAAUUUUCUAUUUUCUUAGUUAUGUUUUAAUCUCUUCUUAGGGUUGAGAUGAAACCCCUAAAUAAUUAGAAUCUUUUGGCUUGAUUUUACUUUGUUCUUCAUGGAACUUUUAUUGAAAGCAUAA